AUGAGGCUCUCAAUAUCAUGUGACUCUUGUCGCGGAGCCAAGGUUAAAUGUUUCCAUGAAGGAAGCGCACCAUGUCGACGCUGUGAAAAAAGCAAGCUUGACGGAUGCACACUCACAGACUCCCGUGCUUCUAAACCGAGAGAAGGUCGAGUUGUCAAGUCCAGAGUACCGCAAAAACGAAGGGCUGUCUCUUCAGAAAGCAAUAAAAGUCCAAGUGCUGCACCUCGUCAUGCGGAUGCCGAGGGAAACCCCAUCUCGGCAUUGUCAUCGUCUACUCUAAUCAAGGCUGUGGAAACCUAUCGCAGGAAAUUCCCUAUCACAAACUUCUUGCAUUACCCUUCUCUAAUUUCCGACAUUUCUUCUAACAUCGAUUCGGUUGAUCCGAUCUUUCUUGCGUCACUUCUCUCAUUAUGUGUGCGAUUUAUGAACUGCGAGGACCUCGGCGAUGAGGAAACGUACGCAGCGUACGCCCGGAAGCAUUUGGCGCAUCGUGCUAUGGAGAUUCCGUCGCUGUAUCUCGCACAAUCUCUUGUUAUGAUCUCCUUUUACGAGUGGGGAACUGGCCAGCCCUACCAGGCAUGGAUGUACAGUGGAAUGGCUACCUAUAUGAUUCAAUCGCUUCUAAAAAUGGCCGAUGAUAGCAUGGAGAAUAGCCCGCACGAGUUCCAAGCAUCCCAGACUCAAUACGAGCAACUUGUGCGCACGUACUGGUGUUGCUUUGCCCAGGACUGUGAGCUCAGUUCAGGAGCCCGACAGCACUUCGCUUUGUCAUUUUCCCAGAUUUCUGUUCCGCUUCCCAUCAGCGAUCGUGAUUUUAAUUUCAAUCAUGUUCCUGAGAGGAGGCUUAUGCCUGUCGAUAUGAACAAGCAAUGCUCACUUGCAAGGAACCUCACCGUCGAACAUGGACUCACCAUCGUAACUCGUGGGUUCGACAUCUUUGUGCGGAUUUUGAGAUUUGCAAAUGAGCAUCGACGUGCGCUCGCUUCUUCGCAUGGUCCUAUCAUGUGUCUGCAUCAGACCUGGAAACGACUCAAGGGAGAAUUGGACGAUUGGAGAUCCCUGCAGGAUAAAACUGUGAAAUAUCCUAUCACGAUCGCUCAAGCUCAUGUGGCACUCGGAUAUGGGGAGAUGUUUGCAUACAUCAACUUAAUUUAUUAUAUGAGCAUAUUGUUUCUACAUCGUGAUCGCUUCCUCUCACAUCUCAAACCCCAUUCCGACUUUUUCCAUGACGUGAAAGAUGAAGAUCAAAUCGAACCAGCAACAAUCAAAGAACUUUUCGAAGCGGCACAGCUGAUCGGUGGCAUUCUAUCCGCAUUAGAAGCCUCAGAGGCCCCCGUCAUGACCCCCUAUUCCGGGUUCAGUGUUUUCGUCGCUGCCCACAUCAACAUGUACGGAACCAUCGCUCCGCAGCAUUACCCCGGCGGACUCGAGCAAGCAAUAGAAGAAAAGGGCCGAAACAUGAUAUAUCUCGAGCGAUUAAGUCGAUUAUGGCCCGUUGGCCGGAGUUGGUGGCGCGCAGUUCAGGGCGCAAAUAAGUUUUACGAAUCAGUGAAGAAACAUGCUGAUUCUGGAUCUGGUAUGCAAAGCCCAAGACGUUUUGCACUGGCGGGUACGCUGGACGAGUAUGGUGAUAUUCGGUCUCGACCAAGUCGUGCACAGAGAAGGUCUAGUUCAGCCGAGAUCUGUCUGGAAGAGCGCGAUGGAGAUUUGUUACCGACGCCUGGUCCUGAUGGUGAGGGCUCGUUUUCUGGGGAGCAGACGGGGACUGGAAGCCAUCAUGAACUGGAGACAGAUAUGUUUGAAUGGCCUUUUAUAGAUGCUUCUUGGUCGGCUGGAUUGGAUGCUGCUGGCGCUGGUCUUGAUGGACUAUGGCCUCAGUCGGGCUUGUUCGAUCAUUCUCGAUAG